CAGAAGGUCUCCGGGUGUGUUUGGGGCUCGCAACGACGCAAUUUGAGUAAGGGGGAAAGAAACCUCGGCGGAGAGCGGAGGUGUUUGUUCCUGUCGACGGAACCCUCUUGCGUUUGGAGCUGUUCUCCGGGGGAUUCCGGGGUGGGACGGGGGAGUUUGUUGUGACUGGGUCGGGUCGCGUCUGGCCUGUUUGGAGGGUCUCCUGGGCCCUCAGCUCGCCCAGGCUGCCUCCUCCACCCGACUUGUGCGGUCACAUCCUUACAGUAUAAAGGAAGGAGAAGGUUGCUUCCAUCCUCCACAUAGGGAAGGGAGCAUUUAACUUUUACCAAAGGCGAGGACAAGGUCAGGGCAUUUCGCAGCUCUCCAGGCUGACUUUUCAAAGAGGACUGUACGGAGUGACUUCUUGGUUACUGAAAGCAAAGCUCUACGCAUGAUUCUGACUUCCCAGGAACUGUAUAACUCAGGACUGUGCAAAUUCCCCAAAGUAGGAGGAAAAAUGACAACAUUCAAGGAGGCAGUGACAUUCAAGGAUGUGGCUGUGGUCUUCACUGAGGAGGAGCUGGGUCUGCUGGACCCUGCCCAGAGGAAAUUGUACCAAGAUGUGAUGCUGGAGAACUUCAGGAACCUGCUCUCAGUGGAGCAUCAACCAUUCCCACGAGAUACAUUCCACAUCCUAAGGGAAGAAAAGUUUUGGAUGAUGAAGGCAGCAACCCAUAGAGAAGGGAAUUUAGUAGGCAAGGUCCAAACUGAGAUGGAGACUGUUCCAGAAGCAGGAGUGCGUGAAGAGUUUUCCUGCCAGCAGAUCUGGGAACAAAUUGCAAGUGACUUAACCAGGUCUCAAGACUCCAUGAUAAAUAGCUCUCAGUUCUCCAAACAAGGUGAUGUCCCCUACCAGACUGAGGCAGGACUAUCUCUUAUUCACAUAGGACAGAAAACUUACCAGCAUAAAGAACGUAAACAAUUCUUCAGUGAUGUUUUUGUCUUUGAUCUUCAGCAGCAAUUACACUCAAGAAAGAAGUCUCAUACAUGUAAUGAGUGUGGAAAGAGUUUCUGCUACAGAUCAGCUCUUCGUAUUCAUCAGAGAGUCCACAUGGGAGAGAAAUGCUAUAAGUGUGAUGUGUGUGGUAAAGAAUUCAGUCAGAACUCACAUCUGCAAACUCAUCAGAAAGUUCACACUGGAGAGAAACCAUUCAAAUGUGAGCAGUGUGGCAAAGGCUUCAGUCGUAGAUCAGGACUUUAUGUUCAUUGCAGAUUGCACAAAGGAGAGAAACCUUAUAAUUGUGAGAAAUGUGGAAAGGCCUUCAUUCACGAUUCACAGCUUCAGGAACAUCAGAGAAUCCAUAUUGGGGAGAAACCAUUCAAAUGUGAUAUAUGUGGUAAGAGCUUCUGUAGUCGAUCAAAUCUUAAUAGACAUUCCAUGGUUCACAUGCGAGAGAAACCAUUCAGAUAUGAUAUAUGUGAUAACAUUAAUAGCUUUGGCCAGCGAUCAGCAUUUAAUAAUCAUUGUGUGGUCCACAUAGGAGAGAAACCAUACAAUUGUGAGGAGUGUGGAAAAGGCUUCAUUUGUAGGCAAGAUCUUUAUAAGCAUCAUAUGUACCACACAGGAGAGAAACCAUAUAAUUGUAAAGAAUGUGGGAAGAGCUUCAGAUGGUCCUCAAGUCUAUCGCGACAUCAGCGUAUCCAUACUGGAGAAACACCAUUUGAACGUGGGAAGGGAUUUUAUACGAAUUCACGACGCUAUUCCCAUCACAGAGCCCAUAGUGUAGAAAAGUCAUACAAAUGUAAGAAAUGUGGAAAGGGCUACAUUAGCAAAUUUAAUCUUGACUUGCACCAGAGAGUCCACACGGGAGAGAGACCUUAUAAUUGUAAGGAAUGUGGGAAGAGUUUUAGCUGGGCCUCAGGUAUUUUGAGACAUAAGAGACUCCAUAGUGGAGAAAAACCAUUCAGAUGUGAAGAAUGUGGCAAGAGAUUUACUGAGAAUUCAAAACUUCAUUCCCAUCAGAGAGUUCACACUGGAGAAAAGCCAUACAAAUGUGAGGAGUGUGGGAAGGACUUCAGAUGGGCCUCAACUCACCUAACGCAUCAGAGACUCCACAGCAGAGAGAAACCAUUCAAAUGUGAGGACUGUGGGAAGAGCUUUGUGCAUAGUUCAUACCUUAAAGACCAACAAAGAGACCAGAGUGGGGAAAAACCAUACAAAUGCGAAGACUGUGAGAAAGGUUGUAAGAGGCGCUUGAAUCUUGAUAUGCUUUUAUCAUUAUUUUUAAAUGACACAUAAUUGUACAUAUUUAUGGGGUACACUGAUAUUUCAGUAUCUA